UUUAAAUAUGAGUCAACCAACAUAAGCAUCUUAGGCACAACUUCAAAAGGAUAUUAAAUUUAAUAAGUCUGAGAAAACUAAAGAUAUCAGAUUAACAAAUAUCUAGGCAGCUAAAGGUAAGAAUCUAAGAUAUAUGAAAAACUGUAUCUUAUACAAUAAGAACAAGUUUGGGAUCAAGAGGAAUGGAUAAAAUGAUAUAAGAUGCAAAAGGUGAA